CUCUCCUUCCCUACGCGUAUUUCGUCUCCGAAUUGAACAGGUUCUUGGGAUUUAGAGCUAGAAAGGACCAAAGGGAUCAUCCAACCUCCUCAUUUUUACGGAUCAGGAAACUGAGUCCUAUCCCUUGCCGUUUCUAUUAGCCUUCCUCCCUCCUCCCUCCUCUCGCCCCUUUUGCUCCUCUCUCCCUGGUUGUGCCACCACCCUAGCCUGCAGCCAGCCUCCCUAGUCUAUUCUCUCUUCUUCCACUCUCCCCUCUCACGCCCUCCCUCUGGUUUCCCCCCUCCCCACUAUCCCUCUGCUGUCCCCGGGCCCCGCCCCUCUCCGGGCCGCGAAGCCACGUGGUCGGGCCAGGGCGGCUGCAGACUGCUCGGGAUCCUGCCCCAGCUGGGCUGGGCUCUGCUUCGCUCCGCUCCGCUCCACUCCGCUCCGCUCGGCUCGGCUCGGGUCCGCUCCGCUCCCUGCUCUUCGCUUCUGCUGCCCGUCCACCCGUCCGCCUCUGGGGGCAUGAGGCGCUGCUGGCGGACAGCGGGUCAAACAAAAGAGCCCCGGCUCGAGCUGUGCGCCUCGGUGCCCAGCGCCCCCAGCGCGGAGCAUGGAGACUGAGCGGAGCCUCCGGAGUCCGCGCCGCGCCCGGACGAUGCCGCGGCCCCAGCCCUAGGGGAGCCCCGGCCGCCCUGCUGGAAGCUUGGGGCGCUGGCGCGGGGAGGAAGCGGAGGAGGAGAAGGAGGAGAAAGAGAAGACGGAGCAAUAGAAGGAGGACCCUCUCUGGCUUCCUGCUUCUCGCCUUCCAGGAAGCCCCAGGGCGCUGAGCCGAGCCAGAGAGCAGCAGCGCACUCGUAGCCCGAGCCUGAGCCCGACUCCGGGCGGCAGCAGCAGCAGCAGCAGCCAGGGGGGCAGCGCCGCGGCGGCGGGUCCCACGGGAGCCAUGAGCAAGUGUAACGGGAGGUGCACGCUGGUCGGGUUCUGCUGCCUGCAGCUGGUGGCAGCCCUAGAGCGGCAGGUCUUUGACUUCCUGGGCUAUCAGUGGGCUCCUAUCCUGGCCAACUUCCUUCACAUCAUGGCCGUCAUCCUGGGCAUCUUUGGGACUGUGCAGUACCGAUCCAGAUAUCUCAUCAUGUACGCAGGCUGGCUUGUUCUCUGGGUUGGCUGGAAUGCAUUCAUCAUCUGCUUCUACUUGGAAGUUGGGCACUUGUCUCAGGACCGAGACUUCAUCAUGACCUUCAAUACCUCCCUGCAUCGAUCCUGGUGGAUGGAAAAUGGUCCUGGCUGCCUGGUGACACCUGUGCUGAACUCUCGCCUGGCCCUGGAGGACCACCAUGUCAUUACUGUCACCGGAUGCCUGCUUGACUACCCCUACAUUGAGGUGCUCAGCAGCGCCCUUCAGAUCUUCCUGGCACUAUUUGGUUUUGUGUAUGCCUGCUACGUCAGCAAAGUGUUCCUGGAGGAAGAGGACAGCUUUGACUUCAUCGGAGGCUUUGAUUCCUACGGUUACCAGGCCCCCCAGAAGACAUCACAUUUACAAUUGCAGCCUCUCUACACGUCGGGGUAGCCCACGCCCUGGCCCACCAUGGCGCAGGACAGCGGACCCCGCCCCCUGGACCUUCCUGUGCCCUAGUGGAGCCGCCUUCCUCUUCUCUCCUUCUCCACCGAGCUCUCCUCUGGGCCAAGGCCCAGCGCCCAUGCUGCGGGACGGCCACACACAGAGCCACGGACAGGAGCGCCCCCUGCUGGACCGCGAGGACACAGCCCCGGCUCGGACCUACGGGUGGAGCCCCGGCAACUUGGGGGGAGGGCGGGGAAGGAACUCCUGGGAUUUGUAUGUUUUGUUUUGUUUUUUUAAACUUGGCCCUGGUACUAAGCCUGUACCUCCCCUCUCUGAUCCUACCCGCCCUCCUCCUCCCUUUACCGACAUUGUCACCCCUUCCACUGGGGAGCCCCUCCCCCCACAGUGGAGCCCCUCCCCUUUCUGUUGCGGGGGACCCACCUUCCGGGAGGGCUGAUUGUCAAAGGGACCCGAAAGGCAAACAAUACACGAAGACUUCCUUCAGCCCGGGCCUCCGCUCCAGACUACCCUUUGUCCCCCAUACACCUGUCAGCCAGACCUCACUGGGCUCCCCGGUAACCUGGCACCCCACCCAUACAGCUCAAAUAGCAGCCUCAACCCCCCCUACACCACCUCCAUCAGACAGCGCCAUGGCUCUUAGCUUUAUAGGUCCCACCACCACUCAGGUACAGCCAGCAUCUUUCCCUCAGCCUCCUCCCUGCCCCCCCCCCAUCCUCCAGCCUCGCCCCACUGCCAGGGCCAUCUACCAGGGGCUCUGUUUAAGCAAUAGGGCACUUCUUGGUGUGGAGAAGUGGCCAGAGGCCAGUGAUCCAUAGGAAGGAAUGCAGGUCACCUUGGUCUAGGGGCUCCCCACCCAGCCCUUCCAGAAAGGAAAGGCAAGUGUGAGACCGGCCCUUUUCCUUCUGGGAUUUCUUGUACCAGAGCCUGCUGGAGCGAUUCCUCCCAAGCCAGGCCAAACAUCUUACUCUUUCUUCAUUUCUUGUCAUACCUUUCCUUUGUCCCCUUCUCCAGCCCCACCCACUUCCUGACCCACAAAGCUCCUCUCUCUCUCCUUACACCUCUCUCUCUCCCUCUCUGUCUUUGUCUCUUUCUCCUUCCCCCUCUUUUUUCUCUCUCUUCCCCUUCCCUUCUCUCUCUCUCUCUCUCUCUCUCUCUCUCUCUCUCUCUCUCUCUCUCUCUCUCUCUCUCUCUCUCUUCCUCUAUCACUCCCUCCCUCUGUCUGUCUGUUCUCUUCCCCCCCUUGUCUCUCUGUCACUUUGUGUGUCUUUGUCCCUCUGUCUCUCUCUGUCAAUGUCUCUUUCUCUUUCUGUGUCUCUCACCCUGGAAAAAAAGUAAGACAUGUCCAGGCUUAUAAUUAACCUCACCUUCCCACACACACACAUACCUUCCUGGGUGACCCCUCUUUCUGUAGGGCCCAACAAACCCCCUUAAAACUCAGGAACCCAAGGUAUUAGGGAGUUUGGGGGCCAAAUCUGACAUACUUUUCACAUCUGUGAUACUUAUGGAAGGAAGGGAAGAGGGUGCUAUAGAAGGGACCAAGAUAUCGGAAGGACAGAGUGCCAAUUGCCUCUCUGCAGAAACCUGUGUCUCCUUUGUGGUGGUGGGAGACAUCUUGUGGCCUCCCUCCCUUCUUAGGGGCAAGACACAGUAACCCAGGUGAAUUAGCCUCUUUUGCUGGGGUCAGUCCUACCAGGACUAAGUUCUGGAUGGAAUGCUUUGGACACCUGGCUCAUCUCUUCUCUAAAGAGGGUACCGUCCCUGUUUCCUGAUCCAGCACAAUGAAAGGAUUCUGCAGAUUAACUGUAGGGGGAUACUUGGAUGGGGGAUUGCCUUGUGGGACACAGGCAUCUUAAAAAGAAACCGAAUCUCAUCUUGGCCUUUGAUGACCUCCUCUGGCCUCUCAUGGCCUUUGGCAGUCAUCAGUCCCUCUAGGGGCAAAGUGUUCCCAAAGCUAGGUCAGUCCAUUAACCCUCUAGUCCAGGACUUGGCAAUAGUCCCCUUUUCUGCCUAGGCUCCGGCUCCCUUGGAGACAUUUAUUUACUUCUCUGACGCCUCCUUUCUAGGACUGGGCCCCUUUCUCUAGCCCUCUGGUCAGCUAGGGACCAAACAAUUCCUUUCAGGUUAGCUCCCUCCUUUUCUGCUUCCAGCCCCUGGGCCAAUUGGCACCCUCUCCAAGGCCCUCCCUUCUCCCAAGUGAUUUCCGGACACAUUCCUCUUGUCUUGGGCCAGAUGCUUCUCAGCCCCCACCAUCCCCAGUAGAUUUUUCUCCUUCCCCUCCCCCUUUUCCACCCUAUUCCCAUAUUUUUACUCAACGGGUUUAGCCACUGGUGCUUUGAAGCCUUUUGAUUUUUUAAGACAGUCUUUGUAAAGUGAAUUGGUUUCUUUUCUAAUUUGGGCCAGAGGGACACCACAUAUCCCCAACCCCCUGCAUUCCCUCAAAGGUGCUCCCUUGGUUUCUGUGCAGGCGGGUUGAUUAAAAAUGGUGUUUUCUCUUC